AUGACGGCGCACAUUGUGAUGGUGCCUUUCACUGGAUGUGGGAUCAAUCCUGCAAGAAGUUUUGGACCAAUGGCCGCCAACUCCAUUGGCGGAGUCAACACAUGGAGUACUGGAUGGUGGAUCUUUUAUGUGGCGCCCUUCGUUGGCGCUGGUCUCGCUGCCAUGACCUACAGGCUUAUAUUUGCUGAAGAUGGGAAAGAAGACGACGACGUGGAAAAGGAACUUAGCUCGCCCUUGACCGAAGACGAGGAAAGCCUUGCUGCUAGUAUCUUCAAUAGUGCUUUUGCUGAAGACGAGGAAGAGGACGACAAGACCAAGAAACGUAAAAUCCCAGAAUCUCACCGCGGAGUAUAG